CACCAAGGACCCGCCAACAUGGGCCGCGUUCGCACCAAAACCGUGAAGAAGGCGGCCCGGGUCAUCAUUGAGAAAUACUACACGCGCCUGGGUAAUGACUUCCACACGAACAAGUGCGUGUGCGAGGAGAUCGCCAUUAUUCCCAGCAAGAAACUCCGGAACAAGAUAGCAGGCUAUGUCACACAUCUGAUGAAGCGGAUUCAGAGAGGGCCUGUGAGAGGCAUCUCCAUUAAGCUGCAGGAGGAGGAGAGAGAAAGGAGAGAUAAUUAUGUACCAGAGGUCUCAGCCCUGGAUCAGGAGAUCAUUGAAGUAGAUCCUGAUACUAAGGAAAUGCUGAAACUCUUGGACUUUGGCAGUCUGUCCAACCUCCAGGUCACUCAGCCCACAGUUGGGAUGAAUUUCAAAACACCACGUGGAGCCGUUUGAGUCUGUUUGCUGUGCUGUAAUAUUUUCAAUAAAUUUGGGCACACCAGC